AUGACUGUGCAGAUAGCGCUGGAUGGAAAAAGCGGCGGCUCCUCGUCCGUUCGCGCCAGCCUCUUGCUGCAGGGACCUUUAUUAGGCAGGAGCGAUAAAUUUGCUCACGCGGAUAUAAAUGUACGGCGGGGAGCGGGCGCCAAAGCCCUGGUCUGCGAUCAGUGCGGCGCCCAGUUCUCGAAGGAAGACGCCCUGGAGACGCACCGGCAGACGCACACCGGUACGGACAUGGCCGUUUUCUGCCUGCUGUGCAGCAAGCGGUUCCAGACGCAGAGCGCCCUGCAGCAGCACAUGGAGGUGCACGCCGGGGUGCGCAGCUACAUCUGCAGCGAGUGCAACCGCACCUUCCCCAGCCACACCGCGCUCAAGAGGCACCUCCGCUCCCACACAGGCGACCACCCCUACGAGUGCGAGUUCUGCGGCAGCUGCUUCCGGGAUGAGAGCACGCUGAAGGGCCACAAGCGCAUCCACACCGGCGAGAAGCCCUAGGAGUGCAACGGCUGCGGG